UUCCCAUUUCAAAGCUCAUCAAGCAGCUCAAGCAUUCCACAAGCUUGCCGUUUUCCACUGACAGCUCAAGUGCUCGUGCAACAUUAGCUGAUCAGCUCGUGUUCCCAACCGCGACAAAGCUUCACAGAUGGAGGCUCAGAACCAAGAGGUCGCUGCCCUGGUCGAGAAGAUCGCCGGCCUCCACGCCGCCAUCUCCAAGCUGCCGUCGCUGAGCCCAUCCGCCGAGGUGGACGCGCUCUUCACCGACCUCGUCACGGCGUGCGUCCCGGCGAGCCCCGUCGACGUGGCCAAGCUCGGCCCGGAGGCGCAGGCGAUGCGGGAGGAGCUCAUCCGCCUCUGCUCCGCCGCCGAGGGCCACCUCGAGGCGCACUACGCCGACAUGCUCGCCGCCUUCGACAACCCGCUCGACCACCUCGCCCGCUUCCCGUACUACGGCAACUACGUCAACCUGAGCAAGCUGGAGUACGACCUCCUCGUCCGCUACGUCCCCGGCAUUGCCCCCACCCGCGUCGCCUUCGUCGGGUCGGGCCCGCUGCCGUUCAGCUCCCUCGUGCUCGCCGCGCACCACCUGCCGGACGCGGUGUUCGACAACUACGACCGGUGCGGCGCGGCCAACGAGCGGGCGAGGAGGCUGUUCCGCGGCGCCGACGAGGGCCUCGGCGCGCGCAUGGCGUUCCACACCGCCGACGUGGCGACCCUGACGGGGGAGCUCGGCGCGUACGACGUCGUGUUCCUGGCGGCGCUCGUGGGCAUGGCGGCCGAGGAGAAGGCCGGGGUGAUCGCGCACCUGGGCGCGCACAUGGCGGACGGCGCGGCGCUCGUCGUGCGGAGCGCGCACGGGGCGCGCGGGUUCCUGUACCCGAUCGUCGAUCUCGAGGACAUCCGGCGGGGCGGGUUCGACGUGCUGGCCGUGUACCACCCCGACGACGAGGUGAUCAACUCCGUCAUCGUCGCUCGCAAGGCCGACCCGCGUCGCGGCGGCGGGCUCGCCGGCGCACGCGGCGCGGUUCCAGUGGUGAGCCCGCCGUGCAAGUGCUGCAAGAUGGAGGCGGCCGCCGGCGCGUUCCAGAAGGCGGAAGAGUUCGCCGCCAAGAGGCUAUCCGUCUGAGUGCGUGCAUAGUAAUCCUGGCUGUGUCUCGCUGUCCGUGACAUCGGCCGGCUGAAACAUUAUUGGUAUCGGUUUGUGUUUGUGCUUCUGUGGGGUUCUUGUUCUUGUUGUGUGGAUGAUGCUAGGCGCCUGGGCAUUGAUCCGUGCCAAUGCAUUCCGUGUUUCGGUGCAACUCUAGGGGACAACGACGAGUAAGGUGCUGAGAAAGCAAGAGGUGUUUGUCACCGUCUGAAAUAAUAAUGUAAAAGGGUUAUCUACGUGAACUUCGAUCACGACAGUCUUGAGUAGGUACCCGUGUGGUACCACUUCAAGACCCAUAAUUUUUGUAAAUAAAUUUUACAAAACUAUCAAACUAUUCAAAGCUAGA